UACCACUCUUCUCUCGACCACACAUCGCACAGAUGAACUUAUCGUAGCAUCAGAUCUUUUUCAUCUGAGCCGAUCUGUGGCAACGAGCGUGAGACUUAUUCUACGGACUUACUCGCAAUACACUUAUUGGUAAUCAGUGUAUUACUGUCCCUUCUGAGAUGUUCCAGAUUUGAUUUAGAUAUGACAUUCAUAUGUAUCAUCCUUUCGAGCUCGUUCGUUUCAAUGGAACUUGAAAGAGAACAGGAUCGACCUCAAGAUUUAUUGGACUCCUUACCUGUUGAAUUACUAACUAAGGUUCUCAGAGAUCAGGAUCUGCCAAUUAUCACUCUUGUGGAAUGUCGUGUAGUUUGUAAGAAAUGGAAGGCAAUGAUAGAUGGUCCGGAGCUACGGAACAAAAUCUGGAAUAAAUCUGUUAUUUUGUAUUAUGAUGAAUAUAUUGACAAUUCGGCGUACUUCUGUUUUCUUGACGGAUGGAUCAGAAGAAGUAUUACCUUUGGGCCCAAGCACGUGGUCGCUGCUGAUGGAGGCCUACUGUGUUUCAAUGACAUGUUGUCAACCGAAUAUGUCAUGUAUAACCCUGUUGAGGACAAAUUCCUGACUUUAAACGUACCUCAUGAAAUCGAUGGAGUGUCUACAUUCUUCGAUGGUAUGCUUGAGUGCAUCAUGGUGGGUUUAGUCGUGGACCAAUCAACAAAACACUUCAAGCUGGUUUUGGGAGGAGUUCUAGUCCCAGAUAGAAGCAGAUCUUUGAUUUACGAUUCGACUACCAGUACAUGGUCGUGGAUACUUCAUCCGUUUCCUACCUUGUCAAACUGGAUGGAAGUAGAGUGGCACAGUGAGAAAUGUGUAGUAUGUAAUGGAUGUUUGUAUUGGCUCGUAUGGGAUCCCAAGGUCACGAUUAAGGCUCUAUUGAUAUUUGAUCUCAGAGAAGAAACAUGGAAUGUUUUGGCAGAGGAAGUCAUGGAGGACAAGCCAGGUGCCCUUCAGAUUGUUGCGUAUGAAGGAUUUGUGUGCUUACUCGCCAUGGAUUGGAGUGAUGUGGCGUUUGAUCAUAGGAGCUAUGACGGCAACUUUCUCCGCCAUCCAAUGGUCCGGAGAAUGGAUGGAUCUCUGAUCAGCAGAACAAGAGAUCUAUGGGUUAUGGAGGAUGGCAGAGCUUUCAAAAUUUAUGCUUCGGGAGGCAGUGAUGUGUUCUUCGUUUUCGAGGAAGAAGGGGAAGACCUUGAGGUGGCGAAAUACUGGGCUGAAGUCGACAUGAUGUUUUUCUUACCCGAACCUCCUUUUCGCGCAGCCCAUGAGUUUCAUUUAUGGGGAUUUCUGCCACAUGUUUUUCACGACCCUUGGAGUGUGAUAAUUCCAGCGCCCGGAGUAAAUGCAGAGCAGGAUUGGAUAACACAGCAGCAGAGACAUCUGUAAUAGGAAAUGGGGGAUUCUAUCGUAGAAGAGGACGUAGUGGAAGUCCGAAGAGAAGUUAUGGGAGUUUCAGGACAGAUCAGUUCACCGAAGUAUAUGUCGUUUGCUUUACAUCGAUUUUAACAACUGGAAUGCCAUUUUAAGUUUAUGUUAGUCUGGAUGAGCUGGU